AUGGUAUUGGCGAUGGAGGAUGGAUUAAGAGCGGAUGGGGUCGUUGUGGUUUUACUAAUGAGGAUGGCUACUCGGAAGAAGGGGAUUCAAUUGGAUUUUUGGUGGAAGAUUUAUGAAGGCAAUAAGGAGCUGGGUUUAAAUGAAUUUGGACGAGGGAUUGUGAUGGAUUUUAUGAUAAGAGGUUUGGCAAUUAUAGAGAAAGUUGGAGUGGGCGUUGAUGGUGGUGGAAUCGAGUACACUACCAAUGGGCUUUGUAAGGACGACGAAUACCGGGAAAGGAGAGGGGCGAGUGGGAUUGACAAGAUUGGUGUUGGUGUGGAUGAGGCUAUUGGUUUGUGUAGGUUUACGUCGAUGGAAAUCUAUCCUUGGAAGACACGAGAAAUGGAGGCCGACUUUUGUGUUGAUUAUGUUGGAGUUUGUGGUGAAGGCGAGUCCCUAGUAGAGAGGGACUCAUUGAUUGACCUAGUGGUGCUUGGCUUGCUUAUAGCUAUGCUCGGCUUUGAUGUCACCAUAGAGAUGUCUUACAUAUGGGAUGUUUGUGAGGGAGAAGAGGAUGAUGGGCUCAUAGGUGAGAGAAAAAAGGUUUGUGGAGGUGUAUUUUGGGUAAUGGAGGAACCGGGUAAGGAUGGUGUGGGUAGUGGCUAUGGAGUUGGUCGUUAUGGUUGGGGAUUAAGAGUUUCAAAAUCUAUACAGGAAAUUAUGUAUGAUGACCCGUUGGAGUCGUAUACUAUUCAAGGUGAGAAAAAUGAUGGAGACGACCCCAUUAGAGUUGAGCAAGUAGCCCGUCUAGAGGCUACUAAGUUCAUUGUUCGAAAUAAGGCAUUUGAGGAGAUUAACAAAGGUAAAGAAACGAGAUCGAAACCCUCAAUUGAAGAUCUACCUAACUUAGAAUUGUAA